AUGCCUGAUGAAACAACAGAAAGCGGGGAACGCGGAAGUCUGUUGGCAGACAAAGAAGCAAACGACUUAUCUCACUCCACUUUCCUGCGUCGCUCCCCUUCCAUCAUUUUUUCGACUCUCUUCUACAUCGCGCUGGCGCUGUACGCAUGGGUCGUGACUUGUAUUCUGGCACACAAACCGAUUGGCGUCAAACAAUACGGUGUCAAUAUUGUCAACAAGGACAAUAGUGGCUGGGGGUGGAGAGGGGCAAAGGCCUAUCAUGCUCUCUAUGUCAACAGCGAGAAACAUUUCAGAACUGCCCGCCUUAUUCAGACCAUUGUCUCCGUUUUGACCAUCCCCUUGACAUCUGCUGUCUGCGUGCGUGCUGCAGUAGUUUUCUUGCAGUCAGGAAGGGCUAGCCAUGUCACAAUGCGUCAAGCUAUCACUCUCGCAGAUGAAUCAUGGACCGACCUUGCAGUUAUCGCUCGUUUAUUACUUGGCGGCUGGAAGCGCUAUGGGUCUUCUCUCUUGCUUUCGGCUAUGUUCCUACAUGCGCUAGGCAUUGCUAUAUCGCCACUACAGGAAGUAUAUCUGACAACGAAAACCAUCCGCACACCGACGUAUCCUCAAAUGAUGAGGAAUUUAGUUGAUAUUCCCGACCAGUUUGACUCUCUCAGGAGGAGCGAUACCGACUACGGCUACGUUACUGCCCUGACACGAUCUCGACUUGCUUCCACAACAAACUCCCAACCUCAAAUCAAUCUGUGGUCGCGCGCUCCGGACUGCAACACACUCACACAAUCCAAAAAUUCUUUAUUGUGUCUAUUGAAUGGCAAUCAAUAUAUCCUCGGUAAUAUGUCGUUGCUCAACGACCCAUUCUUUUCGCAGCUACCAACUGGUUUUUCAACUGGUCUCAUAAAACAAUUUGCCCCGCGAAUCAACUCAACAGCUCAUCGCGAGAAUAUCACGGCUGCCGAUUUCCCCUCCAACUGCAACCAGAUACCCGACGCUCUAUGGCUUCGUUAUGCAAAUACAUCGUCGUCAGGCGCCUAUGCUCUUGAAGUUUGUAUGCCUGGGAAUAUGACCGCCACCCCUUGGAAAUCCACGCGUUCGCGACAGGAUUUCCGAGAAGAGUUGUAUCUCAACAUCACGUUUUCUGGUUUUGAAUGGCUGUCGUUCGGUCGUGCAAACGGCUCGUACUACACCAAAAUCACUCUCGAUACCACGGCAGGGUACUUUGAGCUACCCAACUAUAUGAAUGGGGGUGUGAACGGGCCGUUGAUCAACGACAACCCGAGUAAUUAUUGCGACAUCAGUUGCACGAUCCAAGGACCAUGGGGCUCAAAGGGCCAAGACCCCAUCUACGACCACAAUAUUACCCGCCGCGCUCCCCUGACCGGCUCACCGACUGAUACUGCCCAACAACUUUCCCGAACACGAAACAAAGGCCCGCUUCUCAUCAUCACUCUUGCCCUCUUUGGGAUGGGCUCUUUCAUCGACAAAGCCCAAAGCUACCAGUCUUACUUCAGUGCUGCGAAGAACAACAACGCCACAGGCUUCUGUCUCGAUGCAGUUCCAUUCAUGCCGUUGCUUCAUGACUGGCUCAACCAAGAAAAUGUCGGAAACAGUCUAGACCCAUGCCUUCCAUACCGUGACAAUCCUUCGUUUAUGGCGGUCUAUGUUGUAUAUUAUCUGUGGGCGUUUCUCUACAAUGGGAAUGAUGGUUAUGCAGGUGAAAGAGUUCAGAACGCCUUCACCUCAGCGGCCUUCCUUGCGAACCAAGCUUGGAUGUCAUCCAUAAUCGACGGAACUCUAUGGGUAUCUUACGAUCUAGGCGCAGAGACACGGGUGCCUGUUAUUUCAGACAAAGCUAUCCUCUUCUUGUCAGUGUUGCUGGGGGUCUACCUUAUCAGCCUUCUUGCCUUAGCUACCUAUGGCGCGUUAUCUCCUCAUUGGACAUCCCGGUUGGACUCGUUCGCCAUGAUACGCAUUGGCGCUUCACUCGCCGAUCGUUUCCCAUUGGUGGUUGUAAAGGAUAUAUCAGAAUUGAAGGUUCUUGACGAGACUCCAGGCUGGAUUGGGGAUGCAAGUGGGGGGAUGGGCAACGUGGGGGAACUUGGUAUCGGUGCGGAUGCGCCGCUUGUAACAAGACGGAGGUAUCGGUGCUUCGAAGCCGACCAUGACCAUCGGACAGGCAGGUAA